AGUAGAAGCAGGAAACAUUAUUUUCCUUCCUGUACCUGCUGGCCCUUCUCCUGCUUUCCUGCCUACUCCUAUACCUGCUGGCCCUGCUCCUGCUUUCCUGCCUGCUCCUGUACCUGCUGGCCCUGCUCCUGCUUUCCUGCCUGCUCCUGUACCUGCUGGCCCUUCUCCUGCUUUCCUGCCUGCUCCUGCUUUCCUGCCUGCUCCUGUACCUGCUGGCCCUGCUCCUGCUUUCCUGCCUGCUCCUGCUUUCCUGCCUGCUCCUGUACCUGCUGGCCCUUCUCCUGCUUUCCUGCCUACUCCUAUACCUGCUGGCCCUGCUCCUGCUUUCCUGCCUGCUCCUAUACCUGCUGGCCCUGCUCCUGCUUUCCUGCCUGCUCCUGUACCUGCUGGCCCAGCUCCUGCUUUCCUGCCUGCUCCUAUACCUGCUGGCCCUGCUCCUGCUUUCCUGCCUGCUCCUGUACCUGCUGGCCCAGCUCCUGCUUUCCUGCCUGCUCCUAUACCUGCUGGCCCUGCUCCUGCUUUCCUGCCUGCUCCUGUACCUGCUGGCCCAGCUCCUGCUUUCCUGCCUGCUCCUAUACCUGCUGGCCCUGCUCCUUCUUUCCUGCCUGCUCCUGUACCUGCUGGCCCUGCUCCUGCUUUCCUGCCUACUCCUAUACCUGCUGGCCCUGCUCCUGCUUUCCUGCCUGCUCCUAUACCUGCUGGCCCUGCUCCUGCUUUCCUGCCUACUCCUAUACCUGCUGGCCCUGCUCCUGCUUUCCUGCCUGCUCCUGUACCUGCUGGCCCUGCUCCUGCUUUCCUGCCUACUCCUAUACCUGCUGGCCCUGCUCCUGCUUUCCUGCCUGCUCCUGUACCUGCUGGCCCAGCUCCUGCUUUCCUGCCUACUCCUAUACCUGCUGGCCCUGCUCCUGCUUUCCUGCCUGCUCCUAUACCUGCUGGCCCUGCUCCUGCUUUCCUGCCUACUCCUAUACCUGCUGGCCCUGCUCCUGCUUUCCUGCCUGCUCCUGUACCUGCUGGCCCUGCUCCUGCUUUCCUGCCUGCUCCUGUACCUGCUGGCCCUGCUCCUGCUUUCCUGCCUGCUCCUGUACCUGCUGGCCCAGCUCCUGCUUUCCUGCCUACUCCUAUACCUGCUGGCCCUGCUCCUGCUUUCCUGCCUGCUCCUAUACCUGCUGGCCCUGCUCCUGCUUUCCUGCCUACUCCUAUACCUGCUGGCCCUGCUCCUGCUUUCCUGCCUGCUCCUGUACCUGCUGGCCCAGCUCCUGCUUUCCUGCCUACUCCUAUACCUGCUGGCCCUGCUCCUGCUUUCCUGCCUGCUCCUAUACCUGCUGGCCCUGCUCCUGCUUUCCUGCCUACUCCUAUACCUGCUGGCCCUGCUCCUGCUUUCCUGCCUGCUCCUAUACCUGCUGGCCCUGCUCCUGCUUUCCUGCCUACUCCUAUACCUGCUGGCCCUGCUCCUGCUUUCCUGCCUGCUCCUAUACCUGCUG